AUGAAACUCACAUUGACUUGUAAAUAUUCUCAUGUUCUUCUUGCAUUAAAACAGACAGUAAACACAACAAGGAAUGGCAGAAAAGUGUCAGAUUCAGGCGGAAAUGGCAAAGGAAGGCAGUUGUUAGGAUUAUUUUGUGAUUCUGCUGGAAGAACCAACCGUUUCCUUGCAAUCAUUGGGAAAAAUGAAGCUUAUCCGUACCGUAGCGUACCAAUCCAUUAA